AUGGGUGCUUGUAUAGGAGACAAGAUAGAGAAAACCAGGUUCACUGCAUAUUCCAACGGGGAGAUAAAAGAAGUAGAUAUUUCCGCGUGCAAGAACAAGCUUGUAGUCCUCGUGUUCUAUCCGAGGGACUUUACUUUCGUCUGUCCGACGGAGAUACUCGGGUUCAGCAAGGACCAGGACCUUUUUUCCCAGGAGAAAGCGAGUAUUUUCCUCAUUUCCUGUGAUAGCGUAUACUCUCAUCAGGGAUGGAUGUGCACGAAUGCCCCCGGGAAUAUCUCCGAGAAUACGCUCCCCCUUCUCUCCGAUGCUGGAGGGGCUCUUUCCUCUGAGCUGGGGAUAUACAUCGCAGGAGAAGGCCGGUCAAAGAGGGCUACGAUUAUCCUGGAUGAAGGGAGAAUCAUAUACAAGCUGAUACAUGCGGAUCCCAUAGGAAGGUCCAGCAGCGAGACUCUGCGCGUGGUGAA